GAUAAUCUUGUGGUUUAGUUGUGCUUGAUUGAUCGUGGGAGGAAGCUCGAUUUUGAUAUGGAUGUGAUAAGAUCAGAGCUCGGUGGAGCAUAAUGGAUAUUCUUUUGUUUUGGAUAUAGUUAUUAUCAAAUUGAUUAUCUUGAUAACUGAAGAUCUGAUUGAAUUGGGAUUUAGUAUAAACUGUAUUUGCUAUCUGAAGUUGUUAUUGGAGGUUUUUAUGACGAUGUGAUGAUAAUUAAUGUUUUUGCAUGUUUCGACAGAUAAAACAGUUUUAUAAAUGUAGAUGUCAUGUGAUUUACUGUGUAUAGUCAUUAAUUUAGGUUCUGGGUUAUUUACUAAUGCUGUUUGUAGUGCGAUAAAUAAUGCUGAUUCGUGUUGGUUGGGGAUUUUACUUCUUGUAGUUUUGACGUUUAGAGGAAGGGGGAUAAAGUGAGUGAGGCAGGGAGGUUUCGGAUAAUGAAACAAGGGAUGAUAGAAUGCAGCGUCUGUCAUUCCAAGUUGGUGAAUCCGUCCGCAAAGACAGUCUCUAGGGCUUAUGAUCGACAUCGGAGCAAGAUUUCGAAGAAGCAUCGAGCACUCAAUGUUCUCUUGGUUGUUGGUGAUUGCAUGUUAGUUGGCUUACAGCCAAUUUUAGUGUACAUGUCCAAGGUUGAUGGGAAGUUCAAUUUUAGCCCCAUCAGUGUUAACUUUCUGACUGAAGUUGCAAAGGUUAUCUUUGCACUUGUAAUGCUUCUAAUCCAGGCUAGAAAUCAGAAGGUUGGAGAGAAGCCACUUCUUUCUAUCUCCACUUUUGUACAGGCAGCUCGCAACAAUGUGCUUCUUGCUGUUCCAGCAUUUCUCUAUGCUAUUAAUAACUAUCUAAAAUUCACCAUGCAGCUCUAUUUUAACCCUGCAACUGUGAAGAUGCUAAGCAAUCUGAAGGUAUUGGUAAUUGCGGUUCUAUUGAAGAUGGUGAUGAAGCGACGAUUUUCGAUAAUCCAGUGGGAGGCUCUUGCUCUAUUGCUUAUUGGAAUUAGCAUAAAUCAAAUGCGUUCCUUACCUGAGGGCUCUAGUUCGAUGGGUCUUCCAAUUGCAAUGGGUGCAUAUGUCUACACAUUUAUCUUUGUGACGGUUCCAUCUAUGGCAUCUGUCUUCAAUGAAUAUGCACUGAAGAGUCAAUACGACACAAGCAUCUACAUGCAGAAUUUGUUUUUGUAUGGAUAUGGUGCAAUAUUCAACUUCCUAGGGAUCCUUGGAACCGUCAUUAUCAAAGGUCCUGAAAGCUUUGAUAUUUUGCAAGGACAUUCGAAAGCUACCAUGCUUUUGAUUGUGAACAAUGCAGCCCAAGGAAUUUUAUCCUCAUUUUUCUUCAAAUAUGCUGAUACAAUUUUGAAAAAGUACUCGUCAACCGUUGCCACGAUCUUCACAGGCUUUGCGUCUGCAGCUUUGUUUGGUCACACUCUGACUAUAAAUUUUAUGCUAGGAAUUUCUAUUGUUUUCAUUUCAAUGCAUCAGUUCUUUUCGCCUCUUUCAAAAGUUAAGGAAGAAGAAAACGGGGUGUUGGAGUUGGAGUCAGUUCAGAGCAAUCAUAGGGAUUCGGCUUUUAUAAAUAUGGCAGCUGGGGCAAAUGAGGAGGCUAGUCAUCGUGUAGAAGCUGAUGAAAGACGGCCUCUCCUUCCUACUUGAAUUGACAAUGAAGUGUUCUUCUUUGAAGUAUUUUUCUGGCUCUAUUUGGUGAGGAUACAAACAAGAGAUUCCCAGUUUAACAAGAAGAAGAAGAAAGCGUUUACAGUCUACGGAGGGGACACGAUGCCGUAGAUCAUUGUGGAUAAAAGUAUACUCCUCUAACAAGCAGGCGAAUGGCGAGUUUAGAUAGAGAAAAACACCUGUUUUUUUGAGACUUCACUAUCAUCAUCAUCAUCAUCAUCAUCAUAUUCAUAUAUACAUAUGUUAAGAAGAGACAUUUAUUUGUAUUGUUUUUACUUUAGAACCACCAUUCAUCCAUAAGUUCAAUUUCUGUUAUUGGUUGUGUGUAAAUGUAGGAUGAAUUACAAGAAUUUUGGAUGUGUUUGUUUUUCUCCCAUGUCCAUAUGUGGGCUUCAAAAGCAGCAAUACAUGUAGCUUCAACUUCCUUUUCAUCA